GGUUUAUUAACGUAGAAACGGCAAAGCGGUUAACACAAAGAAUUUAAAAGGAAAAUAAAUCAAAAAUAAAGUGUAAAAUUUACCCGCUAAAGAAUAAAACGCUCAAAUUAUGGGAACAAAAUAAAGUGACAGGACGUAACGUAUAGUUUUGAUAGAAAUAUUUCUAUACUCUUUCACUUGUAACAUCACAUUCAACUGUAAACGUUUUCCGAAAACCCAUAAAAUAUGGCUACAUUUAAUCCUCCCUCGUUCGCGUAUAUGCGUGGUGGUCGCAAUGUCAGUUUGGCCGAGAGUGUACCGGCUGAUAUAAUGCAUAUGGUGGAUCCCUACUGGUAUCAGUGGCCACCCAUGGAACCGAUAUGGUUUGGCAUCAUCGGUUUUAUUAUAACCGUCCUGGGCAUUAUGUCGUUGAGUGGUAAUUUUAUUGUGAUCUAUAUUUUUACAUCCGCCAAAUCGUUGCGUACACCCUCCAAUAUGUUUGUGGUGAAUUUGGCAUUUUCCGAUUUUAUGAUGAUGUUCACCAUGUUCCCGCCCGUCGUUCUCAAUGGCUUCUAUGGCACUUGGAUUAUGGGUCCGUUCUGGUGCGAACUGUACGGUUUAUUUGGUUCACUCUUUGGCUGUGUAUCGAUUUGGUCAAUGACCUUGAUUGCCUACGAUCGUUAUUGUGUCAUAGUUAAGGGUUUGUCGCGUAAACCGUUGACCAUAACAGCGGCCGUUUUACGUUUGAUGUUUGUGUGGAGUGUGUGCCUUACAUGGGCCAUUUUCCCCAUGGUCGGUUGGAAUCGUUAUGUGCCCGAGGGUAAUAUGACAGCGUGCGGUACGGAUUAUUUCGCCAAAGAUUGGUACAAUCGCUCGUACAUCAUUGUGUACUCCGUGUGGGUGUAUUUUAUGCCAUUGUUAACGAUCAUCUUUUCGUAUUGGCACAUCAUGAAGGCCGUCAGAGUGCAUGAGCAGGCGAUGCGUGAACAGGCGAAAAAAAUGAAUGUUGCCUCACUGCGAAACAGCGAAGCGGAUAAAGGCAAAUCAGUGGAAAUAAAAUUGGCCAAAGUGGCACUUGUUACCAUUUCGUUGUGGUUUCUGGCCUGGACACCAUAUACGAUUAUAAACUAUGCCGGCAUAUUUGAAUCGAUGGCCUUGUCACCGCUCAGCACCAUCUGCGGUUCGGUGUUUGCCAAAGCCAACUCAGUCUGCAAUCCGAUUGUCUACGGUUUAAGUCAUCCCAAAUACAAACAAGUCUUGAAAGAGAAAAUACCCUGUUUGGCUUGUGGCAAAGAUGACACGGCUUCUGAUUCAAGAACACAAGCUACCGCUGAAAUCAGUGAAUCGGCAGCGUAAUUUCCUACUUUUCUUCUUUCUUAAAAUUAAUGACAUUAAUGACAAUUAUGGCGCGUUAAAGGACUUAAUGAUUUCACAAACUCUUAUUUAUUAUAUUUAAUUUUAAGUAGUAUUUACUUAGUUUGUAAAAAGAAAUUAACAAUUCCUAUGGACUCAACGAAGUGAUCUUAUGCUGUGUUUUAUGGUUAAACUCUUUAAGCGUAUAAGAAUGAGAAACUAAAAAUUUUUAAAAAAAAUCUAUACAAAAAAAUAUAUAUUUUUGAAAAGUUAACUAACUAUACUUAUGAAAAAUAUAACAAAACAACGAAAAGUUUUAUGCAAAUUAUAAAAAAAUACAAAAAAAAAAUAAGAACAGAAAUAAUAAAGAACAAAGCAAUUGAUACAAAAUCAAA